AUGGACCAUUUUUCCAACGGCCUCGUCAGUCCGAGGGGGGUGGCAAAAGACACCCAUCCAAGAGAGCCAUCAGAUCUAUCUAUCUAUCCCCAACACUUGAGUACACUAACACCAUUUGAGCCCCGUUUUUUAACUCCACUGUCAGGUGGCAAUGUUCGCUCUGCCAAUUCCGUCUCAUUCAUCACCUUUUUGACUGUAUACCACGAGAAUGAAAGCAGUAGUCUAGUCAACCCUGGUGGAUGA